AGUCUGGGCUAAAAUGAAAGAAAAAAGAUUUUCAAAUUCUGGCUAUCUUAUACGAAAACUAAGAGAUUGAAGAUCCUGUCCAAUUCUGCACAUCGUUUAACAGAAAUUUAACCUUGAGAGUCGAAACAUUUACUAUUAGAAUGUAAAUGUAAGGGUUAAAGGGAAAUGCUAUGACCUGAAAACGCUGAAAGACUGCGACUGAACAGGGCCAAGGAAUUCUGCUUCAGCACCACGGAGAGGUCAUGGCUACAGUUUUGAGUUUCUGCUUUUGAUGAUUAUAGAAAUCGUUGUUGCCCCAACUCUUAAAAUUUCAGUCAGAAAACUGAAAAUCCUGGUUCUUUGGUCCAAACUUAGCAUAAGGUAUCUACCCCAGAGCUGUGCAAUAUAUGCCAUAGGUAGUAGUCCAGAUCGCUUUAAAAGGGGACCACGCCUUAGAAUAAAAAUUAAAAUAUGCGUGUAUGUGGGCACAUCACAGGUAUUCAGGGCUGAGCCACAAGUCCGCACUUGAAUUCUGUUUUCUUUCCGAACCUCCGGUCAAGCCCAUCUGUCCCUCCAUUGUGCAAUCUCACACCUUGUGAUGCCCAAGCGGGGCUGUCGGGAGAGAGAGCCUGCAGCGAGGUGCGUGUACGCCUCCGUGCCCACUUUCUCUCUGCUGUGAGGAUGGCCGGCAGGUCAAACGGAAAGCUCGCGGGUGUCCCGCACAGCAGCUCUCCGCACCUCUCUCCCUCCGCCCGCCCCGCGCCGGGCCCGCGCCUGCGCACUGCGCCGCGCCGCGGGUGGUCGCGAGGCGGACGCCGGUCCCGGAGCCUGACCAUUGGCCACUGAGCCGAGCCGGCGCUGCCCCGCGCGGGGGUGGCAGCACGUGCCGGGGGCGAGAGCGGAGACCGCAGCUAUGGCGUCGUUACUUUGGGGAGGCGACGCUGGGGCGGCGGAGAGCGAGCGGCUGAACAGCCACUUUUCAAAUCUCGUCCACCCCAGGAAGAACCUUCGUGGUAUUAGGAGUACCACAGUCCCAAACAUAGAUGGCUCUCUUAACACGGAAGAAGAUGAUGAUGAAGACGAUGUAGUGGAUUUGGCAGCCAAUUCACUCUUAAACAAGCUAAUCCGUCAGUCCUUAGUAGAAUCCAGCCACCGAGUGGAAGUCUUACAGAAGGAUCCCAGCUCUCCACUCUACUCGGUGAAAACGUUUGAAGAACUAAGGCUAAAGGAAGAGUUACUAAAAGGAAUUUAUGCAAUGGGAUUUAACCGACCAUCCAAAAUCCAAGAGAUGGCUCUCCCCAUGAUGCUCGCGCAUCCUCCCCAGAACCUCAUAGCACAGAGCCAGUCUGGCACAGGAAAAACUGCCGCCUUUGUCCUAGCGAUGCUAAGCAGAGUGAAUGCCUUGGAAUUGUUUCCACAGUGCCUCUGCCUGGCUCCUACCUAUGAACUGGCUCUGCAGACCGGCCGCGUGGUUGAAAGGAUGGGGAAAUUCUGUGUGGAUGUUGAAGUAAUGUACGCCAUUCGAGGAAACCGAAUUCCGAGGGGCACUGAAGUCACCAAACAGAUUAUCAUUGGUACCCCUGGGACUGUCCUAGAUUGGUGUUUCAAGCGAAAACUGAUUGAUUUGACAAAGAUCCGUGUGUUUGUCCUGGAUGAAGCAGAUGUGAUGAUUGACACCCAAGGAUUCUCCGAUCAGAGCAUCCGUAUCCAAAGAGCUUUACCCUCUGAAUGCCAGAUGCUCCUCUUUUCAGCAACCUUCGAGGACUCUGUGUGGCAGUUUGCUGAACGAAUCAUUCCCGACCCCAACGUUAUCAAGUUGCGAAAAGAGGAACUGACCCUGAACAACAUCCGGCAGUAUUACGUAUUGUGUGAGAACAGGAAAGACAAAUACCAAGCCCUCUGUAACAUCUACGGUGGCAUCACCAUUGGCCAAGCCAUCAUCUUCUGCCAGACGCGGCGAAAUGCCAAGUGGCUGACUGUGGAGAUGAUGCAGGAUGGCCACCAGGUGUCCCUGCUAAGUGGGGAACUCACAGUGGAGCAGCGAGCUUCCAUCAUUCAGAGAUUCCGAGAUGGCAAAGAGAAGGUUCUUAUAACAACCAAUGUCUGUGCUCGAGGAAUUGAUGUGAAGCAGGUCACCAUCGUUGUGAACUUUGACCUCCCCGUAAACCAGUCAGAAGAGCCAGACUAUGAGACCUACCUCCACCGUAUAGGGCGGACGGGACGCUUUGGGAAAAAAGGUCUCGCCUUCAACAUGAUUGAAGUGGAUAAGCUGCCCCUGCUCAUGAAAAUACAAGACCACUUCAAUAGCAACAUCAAGCAGCUCGACCCAGAAGACAUGGAUGAGAUAGAGAAGAUCGAAUAUUGAGGAGAGAGAGGCCUUUGUUGUUUGUGGGCUGUCCUAGUUUACACGAGAAUGUUUCAGCAGAGUUUGAAGAUAAUUUUCUAUGUUGAGGCUCUGUCAAGGUGAAACUGUCACAGAUAACAAAUAAACGCCAUGGCUCUCCUCACCCGAGACCUGAGGGCUUUGAAACUAAA